UAUUUGGCUGUACCUCUGGUCCCUUAGAAAGACAUGUUGUCUGCUGGUACACACUGGCCGGCCGCCAUGUGGUGGCUCCCGGCAGGCCAGCGAAAUCCAGAUAAAUUAGAUUAUUGGAUUGGCUACAACAGAUUAUAGCUCUCCUUCGAUGCUUCAUAAGAAAGCGGCAACAGUUUGAUCAUAGGAGGUUUUAUGAGAUAGAGCCUUGAUAAAGACUGGCAGCCAUGCUGACCAGCUUUAUUGAAGGCCUCCUCUGCUGUCUCACCUCCAAACCGGCCAACACCGUGGUUCCCGUGGAAACCUCUGAGCCUGCAGAUGGGUACGAGUUUGUGGAGGUGAAACCAGGCCGUGUCCUGCGGGUUCGACACAUCAUCCCUGACAGACCGGCGGUGGAGGAGCCCUCGCUGGGUGGGAUCGUGAGCUGCAAAAGAAAGAUCACAGUCUACCGCAACGGACAGCUGUUCAUUGAGAACUUGGGCGAGAGGGCGAGCGCGGAGCUGAAGAUCUGCCAGAACGGAGAGACUGAUCCCAACAGCAUGGUGGAGGUUGAACUGACAGACUGUCGCAACUCUUCACCUCCUGUCAGCAUCCCUGAGGCUCGGUCAGACUCUGUCACAGCUGGAAACAACGGGGCAUCGGAAACUGGGUCAGCAGGAGAGGUGCCUGCUGCCGGACAGGCCGAGCAGUCCCAGCAACCCCGCAAACGAAGGAGGAAGCCGAAGCGCAUCGUGGUGAUUGACUGUGAAAGGAAGAUAGCAGCCUGUAAAGGAACACAUUCAGAUGUUGCUCUGUUCUUUAUCCACGGGGUCGGGGGGUCACUGGAUAUCUGGGGGAGUCAGCUGGACUUCUUUUCACGACUCGGGUACGAGGUGAUCGCCCCGGAUCUGGCAGGCCAUGGAGCGAGCUCAUCUCCACACAUAGCUGCAGCGUACACCUUCUAUGCCCUGGCGGAGGAUAUGAGACUAAUCUUUAAGAGAUAUGCAAAGAAGAGGAACAUCCUAAUAGGACAUUCCUACGGCGUGUCUUUCUGUACAUUCCUGGCUCAUGAGUUUCCAGACCAGAUUCACAAAAUGGUGAUGAUCAAUGGUGGUGGUCCCACAGCGCUGGAGCCCAGCCUGUGCAGCAUCUUCAACCUGCCCACCUGUGUGCUUCACUGCCUGUCCCCACUGUUAGCCUGGAGCUUCCUAAAGGCCGGCUUCGCUCGGCAGGGAUCCAGGGAGAAGCAGUUGCUGAAAGAGUACAAUGCCUUCAAUGUGUCGUCAUUUGUAUUGCGUGCCAUGAUGAGCGGUCAGUACUGGCCUGAGGGGGACGAGGUUUAUCACGCCGAGCUCACGGUGCCCGUCCUGCUGGUUCACGGCAUGCAUGACAAGUUUGUCCCAGUAGAAGAGGACCAGCGCAUGGCUGAGAUUCUUCUAAUGGCGUUCCUGAAGGUCUUGGAGGACGGCAGUCACAUGGUGAUGCUGGAGUGUCCUGAAGCUGUCAACACACUUCUACAUGAGUUCUUCCUCUGGGAACCAGUCACACUUCCACCGCCAAAGAAAGAGCCCAAAGCCCGUCCGGAGACCGCCAAACCUCAAACUGACAACAUUUCUGAGCCCGCCAUCGUCCGGCCUGCAACCGCCAUGCAAACCCAAUCAAACUGAACAAAAACAGACUAAAGAAUGCAACUAAUUGAGGCUAAAACUGAAGCAGGGGUAAAUAUAAAACCUGGUUCAUCCACUUCCUGCAGAACAGAGCCGGUUUGAAUGGCACGGAGAGACAAAGUGGACGAUUUAUCUGAGCUCCUCGGGAUUACAGGUGGAUUUGUGGAGGUGGGACAUUACUGUUCUGGUUUGGUUUCAGUUGCAGUUUGAAGAGAGCAAGUCAGGUAAAAGAUUGUUCGAAUGUCAGCUCUAAGGAGUUUAUCUCAAACAGAGGUUCAUGUGGUUGUGCCUUUGAAAAACUAGAAAAUAGUGGUGAAAAUCAACCAAGAUAAACAAUGAUAUGAAACUGGCAGGAGAGUAAAUCAGAUUCCGUCCGUCCAUUCGUUAUUUUGUCAGAGAUCAGGUCACAGGGCUAACCCUCCCACCAGCAACACUUUCCAUCUCAUUGGGGGGUCCCAAAGUGUUUCCAUGCAAACUUGUGGUCUCCUCUCAAGAAAAUUUCCAAAGGGAGGCAGGUUGGUGAGAUGCCCAACCUGACUCCUUCAGAUUGAAGGAGUCAGGUUGACUCCUUCCAAUGCGGAGGAGAAGCACCUUGGCUCUGAUCCCCCCGGAUGAUGGAGCGACCCAUCUAAUCUCUAAACUGAGUACAGGCACCCUGCGGAGGAAGAUAAUCUCAAUCAUUAAAGAAUGUCUGAAUCUAUUUCUCAUGGCCAUAGAAGAGACAGACUGGACAAAUGAGAGCCUUGCAUUUUGGAUCACCUUUCAUCACCACAAGAAGAGCAGAACACAGUUUGCAAUACUUCAGAUGAGGCCCCAGUUCAUCUAUUAAUUUCCUUCUCCAUUCUGCAAUCAUUUGUAAACAAGACACCAAGAUACUUGAACUCCUCUGCUGGAGGCAAACCAAAUCCUGAACAGAAUUUUGUCAGAUGAGAGUCAAAGUUUGCACUUUUAGAAUCAAACUAUGAUGCAAACUGCUGGAAUCUGAUUUUUUGUUUGUUUUUCUAUUGCUCAGACUUGAUGAAAAUGUUUCUGUGUGUGUCUUUUUUUGUUAAAUUGUAAAAGAAUGCAUUUGUAAACCAUACUGAAGAACAUGACCAUCAGAAACAAUUGUUUGUACAAUAAAAUUAGUCGUUGACUAUUUGAGCUCUGGCUGGAUUAUACAAUGGAGUAUUAAGGUAAUUGCAGAUAAAAGAUAUAAAAACUGCAGACAUUUUGAGAUUAGUUUCACAUACUUAAAAGAAGAUUUCCUCUGAUGUUGAAAAGUUGAAAGUUUGCAAGAUUUUCUUUUUGUUUUUAAUUUUGUUUUAAUUUGAACUGUUUAACUGUUCCAUGGUCUUAAGAUAUGAGGUAAUUUGGUCCCUGAACUUUUUACUCUGGUCCGGCGUGGUCGCAAUAACCCCGCAUGGUUGUGCAUGGUUUCAGAAACUGACGGUCCGCUGGAAUAAAUCCGUCCUUCUUCCCCACUGUCUGACCGUGACAUCUGCUGUGCUCCUCCUGAGCGUCGUUUUAACACCAUGGGAGGGAUAUAAAUAUACGAUAAUAAAACUAGAAUAUUCUGACAUUGUAAAGCCAGAAUUUAUAAGAAAAAACUAAUUUAUCAGAAAAAUAUUAAAAGUUUUUCAUUAUUAAGUCAGAGAUUUGUGGCAAAAUUGACAGAAGUCCUCUAAGAUUGAGGUGGUAAAUUUAAGAAAAAUUUUUUCAAAGGUUAAGCAGCAGAUCUGGACUAUUUUACUACAUUAGAAUGACAUCUUAUGAGUCUGACUUUGACUUUGUCUGACUUUCUAAUCUCAGUAAACUUUUGUGUUUUUUCUUAAAGGUUUCUAACUUUAUAAUGUCAGAAAAUAUCUAAGGUUUAAGAUAAUUAAACUUUUAGUCAAGAAAAAAUAUUUUCUUCUUGCAAAUUUUCAACUUCAUUUUAGAAACUAUUGAAAUAUUUUUAAUAUAAAUAUGGAAAUUUUGGUGGAAAUUUACAAAAGAUUUUAUUUUAUUUUAUCUACAUUAGCCGUAAUACUCCUUCGUAGAUUUUGAGCCUCAUCUAGAUGUAAAUUUCAGUAUUUUUGUUAGUGCUUGUUUGUAGUAGUUAUUGAUAUACAGUACGGUAGAAAAAGGUACUAGAGGGCUGUGCGAUUAUGUUCUUGCAAGCUGAAAAAGGGAUUAAUGAAUGCUGCUCAAGACAGGAGUGAAAUGAAAUCUGCUGCUUCCUGAGAUGAUGUUAAUUCAGCUAUACAUCAGUAAAUUUAACUAUGAAGUCAAUUACCAAUAUAUACUAAUAAUUUCUAAAAAUAUAUGUUGAUUCACUAAAACUGUUAGGAUACAAAACAGGGAAAAAUACAAUCCAGACAGUUUUAAAGUAUUAAAAAUAUUCUCUUUAAAACCCUUAAGGCAAAGUCAGCAUAUUGUUUAGUUUAUAAACUGUAUUUCACCUGGUUUUGUUUCCUAUUUUCACUUUUUUGAUACAAGAAAUAAUUGUUUACAGUUAAAUAUGGAUCAUUUUAUUAAACCUGUUAUAGUUGUUUCCUCCUUUAGUUUAAUGUACAGCACCAGUCGUGAUUGUUGGCACCACCUGGUAGAGAUAUACAAAGCCUUAAAAUAAUUUCCAUUUUCCUCUGGGGAAUAAAUCUGAGACACAGAUGGCAUUAAAUGAGUCAGAUGCAUGUUAUUAUUUACAAAGGAAAUGACCGCAAGAAAGUGGUUCAGGUCCAAGUGAAAGGUCACUUUCCUGGAACAAUGUGUCCUCUUGGUUUCACCAAGUUUCCAUAAAAAGAAUAUACUUUAAGACUUCAGUACAUAUCUUACGAGGGGUGCCAGUAAUGGUGGAGAAAGCUGUGUCAAAGUCAGCACUGUACAUUUUAUCAGCACUCAUAUUCACAAAACAAUGCAAAAUCAUUUAUAGAGUGUAUUUGAAGAUAAAGAUUUCAAGGGUUGGGAAGCAUUUUCUUUCAUUUAGGUAAUUACCUCUGAUCUAUAGUGUUUGUUUCCAAAAUCUUCACUAUAGUAAAACAUAACACAUGCUCUUGUUAUUGUGUUUAAAGUUCACAGUUGGAUGUUUUUUAUGCUUAUAAGCCAAAAUAAUUUUUUUUUUAACAGACCUAAACUCUUCUAGGCAAAAUUUGAUCCAAAACCAAGAUCUUACCCACACAGAGUCUGCAUAAGUUUUUCUAAAUGUUUAGAUGAGCAUCCCGGUUUCAUUGCAUUCCUUUUAUUUGGGCUGCAGUAAUUUGUUUGUAUUUUUGCAAGACACAGUUGAUAAUUUUUGAAAUGUAGUUUUUGGUGUGCUUAGUUAUAGAAAGUGCUUUUAUAUUGCCAUUUUUGAAGUUUAUUUAGAGCUUUGACUGAAUUUUCGAGCUGAUAUUUUAUUUAAUGUGCAACUUUAAUCAGAAAAACCAUGCAGCUGUUUGAUUCUUGUGCAAAAUUGAAGGAAACACUUUUCUCUUGUGUCUUAAAUGUUGUAAUUGUUUGCCUUUAACAGUCACAAACUGAUUACAAAAAGUAAUAUUUAUCAAAGGAAGUAAAUGUGUUGUGUUUUUUUUUAGAAUUUUUUCUUGUUUUUUACUAUUUCUUGUGACAGUAAAAUAAAUUUUUAUCAAGUCUGUGUGGGAUUUCUCCAUGAAAUUAACAAUCUCAUUCACAAACAGAAGUGAAAGUUUUACCACAUAUUUACCGAUAUUAAACUGUGUUCAACUAUGUUAGUGAACAUUAAUUAAGCAAUGCAUCAGAAUUAGCCUGGUUGAGAGUUUAUUAUGUUUAAAUCAUAAUGUGGGCAAAAUUUAAAAAAAUCUUUGGAAAGUAAAGGUCAAAAUCCGAAGAAUGGUUUUGAUGUUUUCAGGAAUGUAAGCAGCCAUUUUUUCAGGUGCAACUUCAUAAUUUAUUGUUGAUAUUGACAAGUGAAGUUUUCUCAUACUCCAAAAAAUGUUUGUAUACUAUAUGACACCCAGAGGAUUUUAAUAAAAUAUUGUUUAUUUCUGCUGGCAGAGAGGAUAUAACAAUUGUUUCAGUAUAGCACAGAGAUCGGAAAUAAUUAAACAUGUCCCUUUGAGAACAAGUGAGAAGUAUGUUUUGGAAAUCAUUAGUACUAUAAUAAUAAGCAAAUCUGCAUAAAUAAAACAUUUUUCAUUGUAUUUCAGAAAGGAAAUACAGUAGUAAAUAAUUAAAUUUGAACUUAACAGCUAAAAUAUUGCGAUAUGGCAGAUGUACAAUAUGUAAAGGUAGACUGCAGUGUGUGAAAAUAGCGAGAAACUAAAAUAUAAACUAAAUUUAACCUUACACAAACUUAGAGUACCAAACAAAAAAGCUCGUCUACUGCGUAUUUAAACUUCAUCUUGAUCCAUAGUUU